AUGGUCGACAAGAUGGACGAGCACCUCGUGGACCCGAGCCUCAAGCACUGGGUGCUUCCGUCCUUCUCGACAACGACCGACCACGACGUCAUCGUCGCCAGCGUCGUGCUCAUGGCCACGAUGAAGAAGUACUUCACCUACAAGUUUAGCCUCUGCUGCGGCAUUCCGCACGUGACGCUCCUCGGCACUGUCGACGAUUGGCAAGACAUUCGUCGUCGCCUCGACAAGCUCUCAACGUACGGCAAGCGCAUGCAGCAGUGGACGACGAUGCUGGCGCCGAUCCUCGAUCAGUUUGUGGCAGCGGCAAAAGGCCAAGCCGACGUAGAGUUCUGGGACCGCAUCUGCAGCCACGAAGGCGGCGGCUCGGGCCCGAGCUACCUCAACGGCUGGAUCAGCGUCUUUUGCGUCUUCAACGACAAAGGCGAAUGGCAAGGCGACAAGAUGACCGACACGGUGCUGCUGCGAAGGCCCGAGGCCAAUCCGGAUGAUUGGUUUGAUGUUGUUGAGACCGAAGUUACGUACGACUACCCGCUCGUCGACAUGCAAGACAUUCCGCCCGGGUACCUCACGGUCGACGUGACGAUCGACGACAACGGAACCGAGUACAAGGCGCUCAUGUUUGCGGGACACAUGGCCUACAGCAUUGGUGACAACAAGGCGUCGAUCGCGCCGUCGCUGAGCUGGGCGAUCGCGCUCAAGAACGGCGAGCGCAUCAAGAGCGAAGUACCGAGUGAAGACGAGUCGCCAACCGUUCAACACGGCACACCCUUGGGACACGCCAAGGAAAGCAAACCGCGCAAGAGCUGCGUCAUCUCGUGACAAGACCAUAUAGCUACUUGUACAUAACCGAUUUACUAGCAGCGCACGGCUAGGAAUUAGUGCUCGCAUACAAUGUUACUUCAUGAAUAGAGAAAAUAUGUGCAA